AUGACUUCGAUGAUGGCACGAAGCUGCGCCAUCGGUAUGUAUGUCCUCUUUGGUGGUAUGCUCUACCUCAAUUGCCGGAAAGCCACACCAUUGCCCACUGAGAUGCGGCAGCAGUCAAGCGACACUUUCUCAGAGAAUACCUUCGCGUUUGGUCUCUGCGAAUGUUGUCACCACUGCGAGACCUCAUGCUGGGCAAUUUGGUGCCCCUUCGCCCUUUGGUCCGCCACAGCCAGCUCACCCAAAAGCAAUUUUUGGGGGUGGGCAUUCUGGCAGCUAACAAUCCUUUGGGCCGGCUUCUGUCUCUGCUAUGGCAUUGCCAACGUGAUGGCAGUGUUUCUGGGCAUUCUACCAGUACUGUCGCUUCCGCUCCUGUUGGUUGAGAAAUGCAUCCAGGUAUGGCAUCGUCAGCACCUGCGCAAGAAGUUCAAUUUGAACCACGGCAAUUGUUGCACUCUCACGGAGGAUGCGUGUGUAUGGUGCUUUUGCAUACCGUGCGCUGCUAUGCAGGAGGCAUUGCAGGUGGGCUUUGUCGAGGGGAUGCCCCUUACGGCGCCUCUGACUGAUGCCCCCGCUCCCCCUAGUCAACAAGAGCUCGUUGGGGCAGUUGUCAGGGUGGAUGGGCGACAGGCCUUCCUUCAGGCUUGA